AUGUCAUCGUCGUCUGACGAUGAAUUUGAGAAUUCCGAUCUGGAUGACCUUGAUAUCAAUCUUGAUAUUCCUUCAUUGGGCUUGGCUGAUUCUUCCGACAAUAACCAGGGACCAAAGGCUCCAAAACAACGGAGGAUUGAUGAAUACAUGACGACUUCCAAAAAUGUCCGGAAAUCUGUCUCUUCACCUUCUGGGAAGCCUCUAAAUAAUGAAAAUACGAGCUUUCAAACAGUCACUACAGAACAAUCGAACUCAUUUGGAGCUAGUUUCGGAGCCAGUACUCCAGCUACCUCCUUUUCUCGGAGCUUCGAGACGGGGCAGUUUGAUUUGAAUGAGGCAUCCACAUACUCUUCCACCGCCAGGCCACCACCAGAUGCCAAAUUCUCGGGUUUAUGGGGCAACGCAAACACAACAAGUCCGUCCAAAAAUACAAAAAUGCAACCGGAAGCAGAUCUUGAUUGGCGGGAGCAAAAGAUUCGCAAUAUUAUACAGGAUUUGGAGGAGAAGGGCCCAUUUUCUAACAAAAACGUGGUUAAAACCACUGUCCCCCUACGGUACCGAUAUGAAGCGCAAAGAGCAGCCAAUUUUUUUAAAGUCCCCGCUGAGAAUAUCCUUCAGAAAUUAGAUAGGCGGAAGUUACCUGAGUAUGAAGAUUUCUGGAAGUCUCUUCAUAAUGGCGAGCAGGAGAGGUUGGAGAAAACAGCUCCAGAGCCAUGGGAUAUGGCAGUUGACCAAUAUAAGGACAGGAAAUUGACUGGAGAUGUGGUGACCUUGAGCUGCGAACUGACAUGGUGCUCGCAAAAAGAACCAGGCUACUUUAAACUUAAUUUGAAGCCGUUGAAACUUAUGAGGGGUUACCGUUUUUGCCGACGAUUUGGCUCGGAUCGAUUCCUUGAACUGACGUACCCCAUCUUGACAGAGCCACCAGCACAUCUUGUUCGAAAAGGAAAUGCGGUGGAAAAGGAUAUUUUGAUCGACGCGAUUUCGCGUUGGAUGGCGACCAGUGAACACCAUCUAGUGGGGAGAGUUUGGAAGGUAUUGUAUCUUGAAGACAUUCAAAAUAAACAGAAAAAGGCGAAAAAAUAUGAUAGUGGAGAAAUAAGAGCUGGAGUGAGCGCAAUAGAAAUUCCUCACAAGCAAAAGGCGUAUUUCUUUGCCACUGAUGGGAUCGAUUUUCGUAAAGCCGGAGACCCUCUGGAUAUUCCUCCGCACGUCGAAACGUCUGGGCAACGCACUAGUAUGAGUAUCGACGCAUUGAUUGAUUGGCACAUGCCUAGAGCCAAAAACAGUCAUCAAUCUGAUAUGAAACUCUUCCAGAGGCUCCACCUUGGACUAUCCCGUACAUUGGCCACGGUAAUCCUACGACGGGAGGAAAUCAUUUAUGUCAAGGAUCCUCCGGGAACGGUAAUGAAUGAUGGCUGCGCGUUGAUGUCUAAGUCGCUGGGAAUGGCAGUUGCCUCCGCUUUGGGCCUGGAUGGCCACCCGGCUAUUUUCCAAGCAAGAAUUUCCGGCGCAAAAGGGGUAUGGAUGGUGGAUCUUGACGACUCAAGAUUUAAGACUGGUGACCGAGGGUUUUGGCUUCAAAUUACCGAGUCACAGCUCAAAAUACAUCCCGCCCCUCCGCAUGAUACAAAGCCCAUGGAUGAACCGCAACUGACGUUUGAAGUCGUUCAAUGGCGACUGCUUCAAGAUUAUCUAGAUAACCUUAAAAAACUAAAGAUCACAGUCUCUCAAUCAACGUUCGCAUAUUGCGUUGCGGAUCCCUUCGGAGUAUUGAGACCAGAUGAAGUUCAUCUUGGGUUUUCUCGCGAAUGGGAACAUGGAUCUGCCGGUACGGAACUCCACGACAUUGAUGUUCUUCUCGCUCGUUUGCCUGCUCAUCUUGCAACCGAUAUCCAAAAACGAAAGUCGGUUUACAAAAAUGAGCUACGACAUAUGAAGGAUGUCAUAGUUUUCCCGACUACUGGAGAUACACCACUUGCCUCACUGCUCUCUGGGGGCGAUUAUGACGGAGACCAGUGUUGGGUCUGCUGGGAUCCAAUUAUUGUGCGCGAGUUCAAGAGCACUGAGUUCGAUCCAGGAACGGUGCCAUCAGCCGAAAGUCUUGGACUCCGUUCCUGCUCAACCCUGAUGAGUAAAAUAGGGUCUACAGAAGAGUUCCUAACCAAUGCCUUUCGAUUCAAUAUAAAACCGUCGAAACUAGGACAAUGCACCAUCGAGCGUGAAACAUAUUGUUACCACGAAAAUAACAUUACUUCUCCUAUGGCGGUUAAGUUGGCCUGGCUGCUUAGUUAUCUAGUAGAUAGCAAGAAGGCCGGGCUGGAACUGACCGAUGAUACUUGGGAGUGUUUAAGACCAAAAUACUCAAAGGUAAUUACUGAGAAGCAACCGCUAGUUCCUGCUUACAAGUCUCUUUCUAGAGGUGUCAAACCCCUGGUGUGGAACAGCUGCAAUAUCAUCGAUUAUCUACUUUUCGAUGUUAUUGUGGCCGAAAGUGAUCAAAUGCUAGUCCGGUUCGACAAAUUCUGCAGCGAGCAUUGCGAACUCCCUUUGGAUCACGACUUACUAUCCGAAUGGGGUAAGGUGGAAAAACGGGGAAUUCAGGAAAAGAAUGAAAUGAACCCAGUUCUAUACAAUGCUCUGAACGAUAUUAAAAAGAGAUUCAGAGACAAGAAAAUCAACUGGGAGAGGCAGCACGGCCUGAAUAGCGAAAUACCAUACGCCAGGAAGAUCCUUGAGGCGGCUCAAAGCCUACAGGAGCUUACUCCUCCCACUUUUGACCACCCUCUAAGCCACACAUGGGCGAAUAGUACCUACGAAUGGGAACGGCUCCGUGCGUUAUGUGCGUACAAGGACUGCAGAUCGGACUUCGUGUGGUAUGCAGUUGGCCCAGUCCUUUGCGAAAUUAAAGCAAAGGCCAUGGGGCAGUGUCGAAUCGUUUUGCCGAAUAUCCAUAAAGUCUUACAUGUGAACCGCAAUGUGGCCAAGAGGGUAGCAGAGGAUGUUAUGAGGCGGAAUGCAGGUGAAUUGAGUGGUGAUGAGGGCGGGGGCGAGGACGAUUAUGAUGAUGAUGAUGAUGAUGAAUUUUUCGAUAUCGAUCCGUUUUCUUUCCCAGAAGACUUGGAGAGGGAUAUCGACGACACAACAUCUCACAAUAGCUCCCCAUGA